AUGGAUGCCACAGCCUGUAAUGAAUCAGCGGAUGGCUCACGCUCACCUGUCUUUUAUCUGGUGGGCAUCCCCUCUCUACCAGAGACCUUCUUCCUCCCUGUGUUUUUUAUUUUCCUCCUCUUCUACCUCCUUAUCCUGUUGGGUAAUGCCCUGAUCCUGGUGGCUGUGAUGGCAGAGCCAAGCCUCCACAAGCCCAUGUACUUCUUUCUGAUCAAUCUCUCCACCUUAGACAUCCUUUUCACCACCACUACUGUCCCUAAGAUGCUCUCCCUAUUCUUGCUUGGGGACCGCUUCCUCAGCUUUUCUUCCUGCUUGCUGCAAAUGUACCUCUUCCAAAGUUUUACAUGUUCAGAAGCCUUCAUCCUGGUGGUCAUGGCCUAUGACCGCUAUGUGGCUAUCUGCCACCCAUUGCACUACCCUGUCCUCAUGACCCCACAGACCAAUGCUACCUUGGCAGCCAGUGCCUGGCUCACUGCCCUCCUCCUGCCCAUCCCAGCAGUAGUAAGGACCUCCCAGAUGGCAUAUAACAGCAUUGCCUUCAUCUACCACUGUUUCUGUGAUCACCUGGCUGUGGUCCAGGCCUCCUGCUCUGACACCACCCCCCAGACACUCAUGGGGUUCUGCAUCGCCAUGAUGGUGUCCCUCCUACCCCUUCUCCUUGUGCUUUUCUCCUAUGCCCACAUCCUGGCCUCGGUGCUUCGCAUCAACUCCAGAGAAGGACGGGCAAAAGCCUUCUCCACCUGCAGCUCCCACCUCCUGGUGGUGGGCACCUACUACUCAUCCAUUGCCAUAGCCUACAUGGCCUACAGGGCUGACCUGCCCCUCGACUUCCACAUCAUGGGCAAUGUGGUAUAUGCCAUUCUCACACCAAUUCUCAACCCCCUUAUUUACACUCUGAGAAACAGGGAUGUAAAGGCAGUCAUCGCCAAAAUCAUGUCUUAA